AGAGCCGCCAGCACAGCGCAGACGGUCCCGCUCCCAACCCCUGCUACCUCCUUCCUACUUCCAGGGCUGGGACGUCCUGAGCCUGCAGGGACACCUCCCGGCCCCCAGCGAGGAGGCUGCACGGAUACCUCGGUCUCCCAGUCGGGGGCGCAUUCAGGAUGGAUUCUGCUGCAAGAAGAUGGUUCUAUCUUUUCUUGGGCGGCAUCAUGAUGUUCAAUCUCACCAACGCUGACUUCGAAUUUCAAAAGGGAGUGCUUGGCAGCGUCAGCCCCAGCAUCACGGAAGACAUAGAUCUCCAGUGCUGGGACACCUGCUCUCUGGCACUGAUAGACCUGAAGGAACUCAAGAUAGAGCACAGCGCGGAUGCUUUCUGGAAUUUCAUGCUCUUCUUGCAAAAAUCUCAGCGCCCUGGCCAUUACAACGUCUUCUUAAACAUAGCCCAAGACUUCUGGGACAUGUACAUAGACUGCUUGCUGUCAAGGUCUCAUGGGAUGGGCAGAAGACAGGUGCUCUCUUCCAAGUAUCAUUUCCCACGGAAAAUGGCGGGAGGUGGUGAUCUGAAGGUAUACCUACGCAAGUAACAAGGUGGUUUUGAUUUUAAAAUUCGCUCUUUAGUCCUAUUAUUUCAGGUUUAUCAAAUAACCUAGCAAGUUUUCUAUGUUUAGUUUUUUUUUUUAUAACACACACAUCUAUAUUAUUUUUACAUUACUUAGGAAUCAUGAGAGUGCUUGAUUAUAGGUGACCUUGGAAUAUGCAUGUCUAGGUCAUUAACAUCAUCUUAUUGUUACCCCAUGAGUAAUUUCAUAAGAAAGCCAGAUAGCUCUGUAUAUAUUCAUAUUGUAAGACUUCACGUCAGGCGUGUGGUAGCCUUUUUAACAACACAUUUUCAACUGGGAAAGAAUGGAAUCUUAUA